CAUCCAUUGUUCUUCUUUCUAUGGUUUAUGCCUCAGAAUUUGUCUUGCAUUUUCUGGUAACGUAGUAAUUUCUUUUUACCUUUUUAUGUCUUUGUUUCUUCUUUUCUUAGAAAAACAAACCAAAAUGAGGAAGAAAAAAUGCAUCCAUGCAUUCUUCUGACGAAUUGGGAAGACUUUAAAGCUUUGCACCCUACAUUGCUACAUGGACGAUAUAUUGCCCCCAUCUCCAUCCGAUGAUCCAGCAGAUCUCCAGCCAGGUUUAUCUGGCCUUGAAUGGGCGUUAUCAAUCGAUCCAUGUCCAUCUGGUUUGGAGCUGACAGUUAACACCAAUCCGGCUGAUCCUGAUGGGUCAUUGGUCUCAGGACCAUCCAGUCUUGAGGUGAUAUCUGACAGUGAUCAGGCUGAUCCAGAGCCAUCACCUGUCCCAGGUCCAUCCAGCCUCGAUUUAAAGUUAACACUGGAUCCAGGUCUAUCCAAACUGAUUUCUGAGACAAUGAAUGUCCCAGGACUAUCUAGUCUUGAUGUAACACCUGUACCAAGUCUAUCCAGUAUCGAGAUGAAACCGGACAUGGAUCUAACCGAGCCCAAGCCAUCAUCUGUCCCAGGUCCAUCUGGUUUUGAGGCAGCUGUUGAACAACAAUCAACAAAGAGGAAGAAGAAAGGCAUCUGUGCAUUCUUCCGCCGGACAUGGAGGGCUGUUAAGGGUGCUGCUCUCUGUUGCCAAAGGGGCAACAAAGUGGCUCCAGAUCCAUUUGCCAUUGACCCAAUGGCUCAACAGGAUAAUUCAGAUCACCAGCCAGAUUUAUUCAGCCUUGAGUGGCUGACACUUAAUGCUGAGCCAACCUAUCUGGAGCCAUCACCUGUCCCAGGCCCAUCCAAACUGAAUAAUGAGCCAAUGCCUGCCCCACAUCAGUCUGGUUAUGAGCCACCUGUUGAAAAACAAAGAAAAAUGAGGAUGAAGAAAGACAUCCAAGCAUUCUUCCAGCGAACAUGGAGGACUGUUAAGUUUCCCUCCUUGGCCCCAGAUUCAUGUCGAGUUGAGCCAGUAGCUCACUGGGAUCCAGUGGACCUCCAGCCAGGUCUAUCUGAUCCCUUGUGGUUGUUAAGGAAUGAUCCAGGUCCAUCUUGUUUCGAGGUGACAGUCAUGGCUAACCAAAAUCCACCUGAUUCUAAGCCAGAUCCAUUCAGCCUUGAUUCACACUUAACACUUGACCCAGGCCCAGCUGGUCUUGUAGUUGAGUUGACGUCUGUCCCAGGACCAUCCCGUCAGGAGAUAAUGCCAGUCAAUGGGUCUGACAUGGGUCUGGAUGUACCUGAGCUAAAACCCAUUCCAGGUUCCAGUCUCGUUCUGACAGCUGCUGUGGAUCUGAUUGAUCCCGAGCCGUCAUCUGCCUCUGGUUCAUCCAGCUGCAGACGGACACCUGACACUGAUCUGGACAAUUCUAAUCCUACCUGGUUUUUGGCCAACUGCAGGUGA